GAAGUGGCCGGGGGCGUGGCGGUGGGCUGAGGCGGGGGCGGAUGAGCGGGCGGCGGGGGCCGCUGCGCGGGGGGCAGCGCCCCGCGGGAGGCCGACAGUACCCCAAGUGUGACCAUAAAAUAUGAUUCUUCGCCUGCCGCACCAAACUUCUUAAGUACUUCUUUUGCCAUUUGGUCACCUGGCAUCAACUACAAUGCAACAAGCUUUAGAACUGGCAUUGGAUCGUGCAGAGUAUAUCAUUGAAAGUGCCCGUCAGAGACCUCCCAAACGAAAAUAUUUAUCCAGUGGAAGAAAAUCUGUAUUUCAAAAACUCUAUGAUUUAUAUAUAGAAGAAUGUGAAAAAGAGCCUGAGAUAAAGUGUGCAGCAUUCCUGUACUUGAAAGUUGAAAAAAGUAAAAAUCAAAACAAUAAUUUUGGAAGCAGUCUUAAACACAAAUGUGGAAACAGACCUGGUCUGUGGACUGGAAGGAUCUAUGCUCGGCAGAAGCUGAGGCGAAAUGUGAAUUUACUUGAGAAGCUGGUUAUGCAGGAGACGUUGUCAUGUCUGGUAGUGAACCUCUAUCCAGGAAAUGAGGGUUAUUCACUUAUGCUCAGGGGAAAAAAUGGUUCAGAUUCUGAGACCAUUCGGCUGCCUUAUGAGGAAGGAGAGCUGCUUGAAUAUUUGGAUGCAGAGGAGCUGCCACCUAUUUUGGUUGAUCUUUUAGAAAAAUCUCAGGUUAAUAUAUUUCAUUGUGGAUGUGUCAUAGCAGAAAUACGUGACUAUAGGCAGUCUGGUAACAUGAAAUCUCCAACGUACCAAAGCAAGCACAUUCUUUUGCGUCCUACAAUGCAAACUUUAAUUUGUGAUGUGCAUUCUAUAACAAGUGACAACCACAAAUGGACACAGGAGGACAAACUCCUACUUGAGAGCCAACUUAUUUUGGCUACAGCAGAGCCUUUGUGUCUUGAUCCUUCAAUAGCAGUGACCUGUACUACAAACAGACUCCUGUACAACAAGCAGAAGAUGAAUACUCGCCCAAUGAAACGGUGCUUCAAAAGGUACUCACGGUCAUCUCUGAACAGACAGCAGGAAGUAGCUCACUAUUCAACUCCACCUCAGCUCAGACUACUUGACUACUUACAGAAAAGAAAGGAGAGGAAAGGAGCCCAGCAGUAUGACCUCAAAAUUUCUAAAGCUGGAAAUUGCGUAGAUAUGUGGAAACAGAACCCUUGCUAUUUGACUGCACCUUCUGAAGUGGAUGUGGAAAAAUAUGCCAAAGUGGAAAAGUCUAUCAAGCCUGAUGACUCACAACCAACUGUCUGGCCAGCCCAUGAAAUAAAAGAUGAUUAUGUGUUUGAAUGUGAAGUUGGUAAUCAGCUUCAAAAAACAAAACUGACCAUUUUUCAGACUCUUGGCAAUCCCUUGUACUAUGGUAAAAUACAGACACUCAAAGGUGAUGAGGAAAAUGACAACCUAUUAAGUCCAUCACAGUUCCUUAUUGGCUCAAAGACUGAUGCUGAAAGAGUGGUGAACCAGUAUCAGGAAUUGGUGCAAAAUGAAGCAAAAUGUCCUGUGAAAAUGUUUCAUAAUUCAGGUGGAUCAGUCAAUCUUAGUCAUCUUUCUCCAGGGAAGGAAAUGGAACAGCCAGAAAGUAUAUCAGGCUCUGUUCAGUCUUCAGUAUUGGGGAAAGGUGUAAAACACCGACCUCCUCCCAUCAAAUUACCUUCAAGUUCAGGAAGUAGCUCUUCAGGUAAUAUUUUUAGUCCGCAACAGUCAAGUGGCCAUCUAAAAUCCCCAACUCCUCCUCCUCUUCCUUCUAAGCCUCCUGGUCUUUCUCGGAAACAAUCUAUGGAUCUUAAUGCAGUUAGCAUGCUCUCUCCAGCUGCCAUGUCUCCUGCGAGCUCUUCACAAAGGUCUGGAACUCCUAAACCAUCUACUCCUACUCCAACCAACACCCCUUCAUCGACCCCACACCCUCCUGAUGCUCAGAGCUCAACUCCUAUUACCCCUUCUGCCACCCCUACUCCCCAAGAUUCAGGCUUCACCCCUCAGCCCACUUUGUUAACCCCAUUUGCUCAGCAGCAAAUGUCUCUGAGCCAGGCAUUGCCUGUAAUGACCAUUCCUCUUUCCACCAUGGUAACAUCCAUUACUACAGGAACAACCUCCACCCAGGUCAUGGCAAACCCUGCAGGACUUAACUUCAUCAAUGUAGUGGGCUCUGUGUGUGGAGCACAGACACUGAUGAGUGGUUCAAACCCUAUGUUGGGGUGCAACACUGGUGCCAUAGCCCCUGCAGGUAUAAAUCUGGGUGGCAUUAUACCAUCAGGAGGUCUGGUACCAAGUGCGCUGCCCGCUGCAAUGCAGUCUGCCUCUCAAGCAGGCAGCCCCUUUGGUUUGAAAAAUGCAUCAAAUCUUCGGCCCUUAAAUCUUCUACAGGGGUCUGACCAAGGUCCAGCCAAUCAAGACCAGUCAUUAUCUGCCCAACAAGCUGCUGUAAUUAACCUGACUGGAGUAGGGAAUUUUAUGCAACCUCAAGCCACAGUGUUGUCUCAGCUUGGCUCUGCCAUGAACAGACCUGGGCAAAGCCUUCCUCAGCAGAGACUCCAGCUCUCUUCUGCCUUACAACAGCAGCAACAACAAGCCUUGCAGCAGCAGCAGCAACAGAUACAAGUAAUCCAGCAACUUCACCCUGACUGUGUUUAAAAAAUAAAAUUUAAAAAAACUUAAAAAUACAAUUCUCAGCUCCAAAACCAAAAAUCUUGCACCUUUGACUUUUUUUAAACUGUCUUUAUGGUCUCAUAAAUGAAAAACACAUGAGGUUUGGCAAACUGUAUCAUGGAACAUUUGAAAUCUGUUGUUCCCUCAGCUUGGAGCACUGAAUUUAUUUUUAUUCAUUUAAGCCAUCCCCCUUCCUGAUUUGCUGACAUUCAAGGAGUGCUUGUGGCACACACCUAAAUCAGGUCUGCCAGGUGCCAGUGGAUUUCAAAACAGCAUGAAUGUAAGCACCUGUAAGUUCAGCUGUAGCAUUGCUACAUGGAGGCAACAGCUCUGGCAAAGCAUUCCUGUAGCAUUCUGUCAUUCAGAUGCUUUAUGGAAAUAUUUUAAUAUUUUUUUAGCACACAGUCUCCUCUUCGUGAUAUGUACAGAAAAUACACACACUGAGAAGGUAUUAUGUUAAAUGUGUACUAUGUAACCCAAACAUUCACUGAAGUUGCUGAGUUACUGCAGUUACUGCAAUGGAGAGAAAGGGCAAAGAAACAAAGCUGUCCACAUACAUGUGUAAAACAUUAGAUAUGCCCUCAGCAGGCUUCUGUGCCACUGGUGCUGCUUGACUGUAGUCAUUGCCCCAGUAUGUGGUGUUUUCCUUUCAUCAACCUGGUGCUUCCUCAUUUUUUUUUCCCCUUUUCAUUUUUCCCCCCACCUUCCUCUCAUUCUUCCUGAUGUGAAACACAGCUUUAUAGUCAACACUAACAAGCUUUUUCUC